AUUCAGCCGGCAUAACAAGUGCAUGUGUCUCGAUACCGACGCCGCACUACGCCUUGUAAUACGUCAUAUCGGCAAAUAAAUAGUCGCGAGUGCUCGUCAUGUAAUAUGUAAGUGUACGGCCGCGCAUGCGUCGUGGUCCACUACAGUUUGACCAUGUUUAGACGCUUCCCCAGUGCAUAAUGGGUUGGAUACUACAAUGCCUCUUCUGGGUCACUUUGACUACAACUUCAGCUUACAACUACAGACAGUUCAGUCCCGACUACGUCGACUACAGCGGGUACACCAGCGGCCACAAUAGGGCACAGGCCAGACGGAUAGACUAUCACACUAUCCAGUCGUACGUCAAUGAAGACAACGGUAACCCAGAACGAUAUACUAAUAGUUUUAAGACCCAAAGACCCACACACGAACGUUCAAUCGCUGUUGACAGCGGAAUACAAAGGAUCCAAGAAAAAGAAAAGAGAAGGGUACAAUCAUGGGUUGAUAACUCGGGGCCACGGUCGGAAAAUGGCUCGUAUAAGAUUGUUAACAGGCCUGUCAAGUACGCGACUAUACAUACAAGAAGAGGGUCAAAUGACCAGCGGCCGUUAGAUAGCGUGGUGUUCCCGGGGCGCACAUCUGCGGAGAAGUUCCAGCCGGAAAUUCCCUCCGACUGCAUGGCCAUGGGCGUCUGCGAGACUAUUCCCAACUACCCGCAGGACGUCGUCAAUAAUAUUAUAAAUAAGCUGGGCGAUAAGAUAAAUAAUUUCCAAUUGGACAAACUGGAGCCAGAAAUUGCGCAAAGGCAGGGUCCAGAGCACUCUGUGGUCGACCUCUGCAUCUCUAGGGAAAAGGUAUUGAGCCCGGAAGCCGCGAAGGGCAAGGACGGCAAAUGGUACGUCAUCUUCAACAGGAAGGACAAACCUAUACAAGGAUACCGUGUGGAAAUAUGUCAAUCGAGCAAGCAAUCGUGCAAUAGUAUAGCGGUGUUCAAUAACGGCUACACGAGCGCGUGCAAGCAGAAGUUCAUGGAGCGACGGAUGACAGCUGUCGACGUCGACAGACAGGAGCUGAUGUACGACAUGCCCUUCCACCUGCCCAGCUGCUGCUCCUGCGUCGGAAUACAUAGCAGUGGAGUAUAGAAACCUCGGGAAGUCAAUGAACGACGAAGCUGCUUACAGCCAUAGAAUAAUUGAUAAUAAGUACUACGUAUAGACUGGUAAUUCUCCGCCCUGCGACUAAUUUAAAGGCCCUUAGGUUAUACUAAAAUGAAGGGGCAUUACCAUGGCAAAAAAAAAUAAUAUAAUUUAUUACACAUAAAUAUAAUUGUUUCUUUUACCUGCUUCAUUUUUGUCCUUGACUGUUUUCUCCGUAAAUCUCUGAAUAAAUAAAAUUAAAAAUCACAUCCCAUGCCUUUUUAAAAAAUUAAAAUCACUAAAUUCUCUAUUUUUUGAUCCCAUAUUACGUAACUACUUUGGAUUUCACUAAUAAAUAACUCUGUAUCAAAAUCGGAAUUUGCCAAUGUUGCCAUGAUGAUUAAUUCAUGUUUGAAUGAGUCUGUACAAAAUGGCGUCCACGUUGCUAUUCGCAACGGUGACGUUGCGCUGCGCAUGCGCGGCGAAUUCGUUACAUGUCCGCAACGCAUUCGCUGCGUGCCCGGUCCGCUCCGCAGCCGCUUUCGAACCGCUAGUAUGAUAAGACCCUUAUUUAAGAGCCACGCUCUUGUCGGUGUAGCAUUCUCUAUGCUACGUUUUAGGGAAAAAUAGGGCAGUGGUUUCCCUCUUGCCUUCUGCCUUAUAAUAAAAUGACAUGUCAUUUCACAUGACAUGCCAUUCUACAUGUAGAGAGACGAUAUUAUAAUGAUGCCGUUGUUUUGAUUAGAAAAACCAUGGUAAUUUAUAAUAAGUAACUAAACCACAAACCAAUCAAGUUUGAUGCACACACAGCUGAAAAGCGAUACAAACGGAACUUUGUUUGCAAUUAUAGAAAACUCCACACGAGAUCCGCUUUCUCCGCCUUCCCAGCUUUAUGUGCUGCAACCAUUAAAUAUCGUCUUCUUCUCUCGCGAGGGUUGUAAGGUGAAUUAUAUUACAUCAUCAGCCCUGGUGUCACGGCUCAUGUGACAACUACAUACUUAAGAACAUAGUAACCGGGGCCGUCUGCAUAACGUGCCCUCCGAAGCACAGAUCGUCCUACUUUUGGGGAAUUGGGUGAUCAGCCUACGAUGUCCUAACCAAACUGGGGAUCACAAAGUGUUUUUUGUGAUAUAUGCCCAACGGGAUUCGAACCCGGGUCCCCGGAUUGUGAGCCUAAUGCUCAACUACUGGACCACAGAGGCCGUCACCAACAUUAACUAUAAUAUUGAUUCUUAUAUUCACAAUUAUUUCUCAAAUUAUAUGUAUUUAAUUUAGUUUCAUUUAAAACUCUUAAACUUUUCACUAAGCCACGUGGAGAGGCUUUCUCUUUCCAUUUUGUAAUACCUAUCUGUGAUUAGAUUACAACUGUAAUUUGUAUUAUUUGUAAUCUUAUACUGUUACUUAUUGUAUUUUAUUUUAUAUUGUAGUAUAAGAACUUAAUAUAUAAGUACUUUAGUGUAUUACAAUAAAUGACAAUAAUAGUAUAAGUAUGAUAGGUACCUACUUUGUUUCAAAGGUUUGUUUUCAGUUUUCCAUUUUUAAUGUGUUUGAGUUGAAUAUAAAAUAAAAUGAAUUAUAAUGAA